CCCGGUGUGAGCCCUUGCAACCGAUCAUACAGUUAUGCUAAACCAAAUGCUGUAGGAAACCCUGAGAGAUGAUGAUGACCUUCUGGAUUCUUUGCAAAGCUCUCGAACCCUUGCAUGCCAGGACUUGCACCCAUCAUUGUAAGAGUGCUGUGUUCCAGAUGCCAUCGUUCACAAAUGCCUGCUCAUAAACUGAAUGAUGGCACCCCUUCUCUGACCGACGAAGCACCUGAAAGCUGGAUCCUGACAACCAGAAGCUGCAAUUGUCUAUCUAGGGUCUGGAAGCUUGGAUUCCAGGCCAUUCCUCCUCUUCUUCCUCCUCUUCUUGUUGGGUCAGUCCUCCUUCAUGGCUUUCCAGCCUUGCCCUGUGGUCACUCAGCCCAUGGCUGCCAGCAGGUGCUACCCGUCUUCCUUCCGGGGCUGGAAAUCUGGACUCCUGGACUGCAACGCUGACAAGACCAUCUGUGCCUGCGGAGCCUGUGUCCCCUGCAUCCUGGCUUGCAAAGUGGCUGUGGACUACGGCGAAUGCUGCUGUGUCCCAUUCCUUCCUGGGGCACUCAUUGCCAUGCGGACAGGCCUGCGAGAACAGCUCCGCAUCCAGGGCUGCGUGUGUUGCGACUGGGUGGCCUUCUGCUGUUGCUGCCCUUGUGCCCUUUGCCAAAUGGCGCGGGAGCUGAAGAGCCCCUGCUAGCCUCCUUUUUGGAGCUGGGACCCUGCGCCCACCCACCGUCCUCCGUCCGGCAUCUAUCCAAAAAGCACUUUGGAAAGAACUGAGCCAUUUUACAUCUUCCUGGGGAAGCUCUGCAGCUGAGA